CACACACACACACUCGCACGCGCUAGAAAACGAUAUACAAACACACAAACUCACAGAAGGUAAAGUGUGUGAGCGCUGGUCUAAGGAGCUGCGAGUGUUUUUCAGGAUCUGGAGUUAUUGAAGCCUGACUAACACAACUGUUUGGAUUCAGCAUCUUUGCAACUUGGACUUUUGGUUGGUCAGCGGUGCGACACUUGGUUGGACCAAGCGUGUGCGUGUAGCUGUCUGAGUGUGCAUGAGUGUGUGUCUUUGGAUUUGGCAACGCUGAGAUCUGGGCUCACACUGAGUUGGGCACUUGUUACUGUAGUUGGCCUGCAUUUGUGUGCGUGAGGAGCAGCGAUGAAGUGGCCGCUGACUGCGCUCCUGCUGGCCCACUUAGGGGCUUCCUUAGUGGGGGCAUGGAGAGCAUCUCAACCCAGACUGCAGUUUACACACUCCGAGCUCAUUCAGAACGGCCGCCUGCUGACGUUGCCCCUGGUGGCCGGGGACCUGCACUCCCUUCUGCCCGACGAAGACAGGAGGCGUCUCUACGUGGCCAUGAAAGAUAACCUGCUGUCUACCAGCCUGGACGACAUAACGCAGAACCCGCGCAAGCUAUACUGGCCCGCCAGUCCAGACCGAGUCCAAGAGUGUCUCAUGGCAGGGAAGGAUCCAGAGUUGGAGUGUGCUAACUUCCUGCGAGUUCUGCAGCCUUUUAAUCAGACUCACCUGUACGUUUGUGGAACUGGAGCCUUCAACCCCCGAUGUGCUUUCAUAGCUACCCGCGUCUUCCAACAGUCAGAGCACCAGACUCUCUCCUACAGCCAGACAGAGUGUGGGAAAGGGAAAUGUCCCUACGAUCCGUUCCAGAAAACAGCCUCCGAUGUUGUUGAUGGAGAGCUGUAUGCUGGGAUCACUUCAGACUUCAUGAGCCGGGACUCCGCCUUCUUUCGUAGUCUUGGCAGACGCCACGUCAUCCGCAGCGAGCAGUACGACUCCACCUGGCUGCAGGAUGCCCAGUUUGUGCGGGUAGCGCCGCUGUCUGAAACUGAUAACCCGGAAGAUGAUAAGGUCUAUGUGUUUUUCACCGAGCGUGCUCAGGAGGCAGAAGGGGCUGCUGGGAAAGUGCUUUACUCCAGAGUGGCACGCGUGUGCAAGAAUGACAUUGGAGGCCAGAGAAGUUUAGUCAACAAGUGGAGUACCUUCCAGAAGACUCGUAUGGUUUGUUCAGUCCCAGGACCAGAUGGCCUACAGACACACUUUGACCAGCUACAAGACAUCUUUAUCCUCCAGGCUAAAGACAAGAAGAAUCCUCUGAUCUACGGCCUGUUUACCACUUCCAGCGAUAUCCUGAACGGUUCAGCGGUGUGCGUUUACCGAAUGGAAGAUGUGGUUCGAGCUUUCAAGGGAAAUUUCCUUCAUGAAGAGGGACCUCAGUAUAAGUGGGCAGAGUUCACGGGCAAGGUGCCCUACCCGCGACCAGGCACUUGUCCCAGUAGCACGUAUGGAAGUUACAGCUCAACCAGGCAAUAUCCCGAUGACGUCAUCUUCUUCAGUAGGACUCACCCGCUGCUACAGGAAAACGUUCUGCCGCUGGGAGAGCGCCCCCUCCUGGUCCGUGUGGGUGUUCAUUAUAAAUUCAGCAAACUGCUGGUGGACAGAGUGGAGGCAGUAGACAGCACCUACGAUGUCCUGUUCAUCGGCACAGACUCAGGCCUCGUGCUCAAGGCCAUCCAUCUGCCCAGAGAACACGGGCAGAGCCAGGAGGUCACUCUAGAGCAGCUGCAGGUUUUUCAGCAUAAAUCACCUGUGACAGCCAUGACACUCUCAAAGAAAAAGCAGUGGUUGUUUGUGGGCUCCAGUGAGGGCGUGUCCCAGCUGGCGCUCUACCAGUGUGAGCUGUACGGCCAGGCCUGCGCUGAGUGCUGCCUAGCCAGAGAUCCCUACUGCACCUGGGACGGACACGCCUGCAGCCCCUACAUGCCCACUGUACGCAGAAGGAACGCUCGUCACUUAGGGGAGGAAGAGGAUCCACUUACUCAGUGUGUCAGACAAGGAGCCGGACUGCAGGUCGAGGCGGAACAGAGGAUGAUGAUGGUUGCCGAGGGCAACAGCACCUACCUAGAGUGUCUGCCCCGAUCCAGACACGCUGCCGUUACCUGGUACAAACAGGCUGGAGAGAACAGUCCUGAACUCAACCAGGUGGUAACAGGCGACCAGCUGGUGGUGAUUGAGCGCGGCGUCCUGAUUCGUCAAGCCGAGCUGUCUCACGGCGGCGUCUACCACUGCCAGGUGGAGGAGCAUGGCUACCACUGGACCGCCGUCACUGUCCGCCUUUCUGUCUGGAGUCCCUCAGUCAAUCGCCUACUUGCUUCCUGGUCUGCCUCGUCCUAUCAGAGCCCAGGCCAACAGCCCUGGUACGAGGAUGUGAUGGCGCUGAUUCACCCCGGAAACCUCGGCCAGCACUGUCGGGCCCUAGGAUACCGCCCCCCACGCAACCAACGUCGCCACAGUGAUAUCAUGGCAGUGCCUAACAAGGAGAAGGAGAAGGGGGAAAGGCACAAGCACGGGGGAGGGCGAGGAGGAGGCGGAGGAAGAGCAGCGGGGAGGAAAAGCAGGAGCAAGCCGCAGCAGAGGGCACCCAGGAGCGCUUGAAUGUGUCGCGGAAAAAGGAGCGCAGAUUUUCAGUGACUUAAACACACACAUACAUCUAUCUUAACGUUCACAUUGAGACACACACACA